AUGUCCGCAGAAACCCUCACCACCAUCUCACCCACCACAAACAAGGGCAUCCUCACCCGGACUGGUGCAACCCCCGCCGACCUCGAGAAGAUCGUCGAUGUAUCCGCUGAGCGCUUCAAGACGUGGAGCAAAACUCCCUUCUCGGAGCGCCAGGCAAUCGUCAAGAAGGCGCUAGAGAUCCUGGUUUCGAAGAAAGAUGAAUACGCCAAAGAACUCACGGAGCAAAUGGGCCGUCCCAUCGCCUAUACGGGUGUCGAAGUGACGACAGCAGCGAAGCGGGGGGAUUACCUCCUCAAGAUCUCGGAAUCAGCACUCGAAGACACACCGGGGGAGGCGGAGAAGGGGUUUACUAGAUAUAUCAAGAAAGUCCCCAUCGGUCCAGUUCUCAUACUCUUCGCUUGGAACUACCCCUACCUAAUCCUCAUCAACUCCCUCAUCCCCGCCCUCCUCGCCGGGAACACCGUGAUCCUCAAGCCCAGCCCCCAAACCCCCACCAUCGUCGAGAACCUGUCCUCCAUCUUCACCCUCGCCGGGCUCCCCGAGGGCGUAAUCCAAUUCUUCCACUCCGGCACCCCCCUCACCAUCGACACCAUCGUCAAGAACCCCAAGGUCGCCUUAAUAGCCUUCACCGGCUCCGUAGCAGGCGGUUUGGCAGUCCAGAAAGCUGCUGCGGACCGCGUGGUACCCGUCGGCCUCGAGCUUGGGGGGAAAGACGCGGCGUAUGUGCGUUCCGACGUGGACGUGGCGUGGGCGGCGGAGGAGAUUGUGGAUGGUGCAGUGUUUAACUCCGGGCAGAGCUGUUGUAGUAUCGAGCGGGUGUAUGUCGAUUCUUCGAUCCAUGAUAAGUUUGUGGAGGAAGUGCAGAGGGUACUUGGGGGAUACAAGUUGGGUGAUCCGUUUGAUCCCUCUACGCAUGUUGGGCCGGUGAUUUCGAAGCGCUCGAAGAUUGCGAUUGAGGGACAUAUUAGCGAUGCUGUGGCAGCGGGGGCGAGGAAUGUUACACCCGCCAAUGCGUCGUUCACUUCUCCGCCCGCAGAUGGGAAUUUCGUCGCUCCUACGCUGUUAGUUGACGUGGAUCACAGCAUGGCCGUUAUGACGGAAGAGACAUUCGGCCCCGUCAUCCCCGUCAUGUCCGUCUCCUCCGACGCCGAAGCAGUGAAGUUGAUGAACGACAGUGAGUUCGGGCUCACCGCCUCUAUCUGGACGGCCGAUACGAAGAAAGGUGCUGAGUUGGCGGAGUUGGUAGAGGCGGGGACGGUGUUUGUGAAUCGCUGCGACUUUCCGAGUCCGGAUCUGGCGUGGACGGGGUGGAAGAAUAGUGGGAGGGGGGUGACGCUUAGUAAGUAUGGGUUUGAGCAGUUUGUGAGGCUGAAGAGCUUGCAUUUGAAGGAUUAUCCGAAAUAG